AUGGGGGCCCCGGAUCCGACUAGUCUGGAGGACACCCUUCCCACCACAAACAACAUUUCCAAGACCUCUCGGCUCUGGGAGAACCAGCCAAAUCCCUCUCUGAUUCCAAUCCUCCUUCCUGUCUUGUCAAACGCGGUGCUCCGGCUGAAAUCUUUGCAGCCCCUCAUCCCUUUCCUCCCCACCGGGAGGCUGGCACACGAGGUGAGGUAG